CUCUGCGGGCGGGCGGGCGCCCAGCGCGCAGGGAGCGGAGCCGAGCCGAGAGCAGCGCACCCCGCCGCGCCCCCGGUGCCCCCCGCGCCCCCUCGCCCGCCGCCGCGCAGCCUCCCGCCGGCUGUACGCUUCAGGCCUCAAUGAGGAGCCCAAACAUGGAGACGUUCAAACAGCAGAAGGUGGAGGACUUUUACGACAUCGGGGAGGAGCUGGGGAGCGGCCAGUUUGCCAUUGUGAAGAAGUGCCGGGAGAAGAGCACCGGGCUGGAGUACGCGGCCAAGUUCAUCAAGAAGCGGCAGAGCCGGGCCAGCCGGCGGGGCGUGUGCCGGGAGGAGAUCGAGCGGGAGGUGAGCAUCCUUCGGCAGGUGCUGCACCCCAACGUCAUCACGCUGCACGACGUCUUCGAGAACCGCACCGACGUGGUACUCAUCCUCGAGCUAGUGUCCGGAGGAGAGCUCUUCGACUUCCUGGCCCAGAAGGAGUCCCUGAGUGAGGAGGAGGCCACCAGCUUCAUUAAGCAGAUCCUGGAAGGGGUGAACUACCUUCAUGCCAAGAAAAUUGCUCACUUUGAUCUCAAGCCAGAAAACAUUAUGUUGUUGGACAAGAAUAUUCCCAUUCCACACAUCAAGCUGAUUGACUUUGGCCUAGCUCAUGAAAUAGAAGAUGGAGUUGAAUUUAAGAACAUUUUUGGGACGCCGGAAUUUGUUGCUCCAGAAAUUGUGAACUAUGAGCCCCUGGGCCUGGAGGCUGACAUGUGGAGCAUCGGCGUCAUCACCUACAUCCUCCUCAGUGGAGCAUCCCCUUUCCUGGGAGACACGAAGCAGGAAACGCUGGCAAAUAUCACAGCAGUAAGUUACGACUUUGAUGAGGAAUUCUUCAGCCAGACCAGCGAGCUGGCCAAGGACUUCAUUCGGAAGCUUCUGGUUAAAGAGACCCGGAAACGGCUCACGAUCCAAGAGGCCCUCCGACACCCCUGGAUCACGUCCAAAGGAGAGAUCAGAACCCCAGAACAGCACAAGGCAGAGCCCGUUCAGCUGAAGACCAAGCGCCUGAGAGAGUACACCCUUAAAUGCCACUCAAGCAUGCCCCCCAACAACACCUACGUCAACUUCGAGCGUUUUGCCCGUGUGGUCGAGGACGUGGCUCGGGUGGACCAGGGAUGUCGUGCCCUGGUGGGGGCCCAUGACACCAUCCAGGACGAUGUGGACACCCUGGUCUCCAUUUACAAUGAGAAGGAGGCUUGGUACUGGGAGGAGAGUGAGAGAGCCCGGCACGACCUGUCCCAGCUCAGGUACGAAUUCCGCAAAGUGAAGUCCUCAAAGAAGCUCCUGCGAGAGGACAUCCGGGCCACGGGGUUCCGCCUUGGGAGCACGGCCAGGAAAUUGGACCACCUGCAGGCAGAGUUUGAAGCCCUGAGGCAGGAGCUCUCAGCAGACCUACAGUGGCUCCAGGAACUGGUGGGCGGCUUCCAGCUGGAGAGUGGGAGCGCGGACAAACUGGGCUCCGUGUUCUGCCGGGACGCCAAUGAGUCCCUAGGGGAGCUGAUCAACAGAUCAUGCAGCGAGGAAGUCUUGGCCGGCUUGAAGCUCUGAGCACCAGCAUCGAGUCAGGAAUGCAUCCUGGAUGGUUUGCUGAAGCCUGUUCCCAACUGCCCUGCUGCGGCAUCGACUAGAAUUCUCCUGCAGGGCUGUGUGUCUGUAGCAGAGCCUCCCAUUCCCUUCCCAGAAUCCAGAAUCACGGAGGGGCUAGCUAGUUAUCCAUUCUACACCUCCUCUCAUGAGCCUGGUUUUCUGGGAGGGUGGCUGGCAGGGUUAGGCAGCCGAGCUGUUAAAACGAUUGAGGAUGAAUACCUCUCAGUGUACCCUUCUCCAGAGGGAGGAGGGCUGGCCCUAGGGAGAUGCUCGGUAACUGAUUUGUGAUAAUGGAUUUGUUCACAUCUCACGUCCGCCUUAUGGAUUUCAGGUCGUGGGUAAUAUUUGAGUUAAUUAGGGAUGACAGUCAGUCAGUUUGGUGCUUUCCUGCUGCUGAAGGAGGGAUUUUACAUACACAAAGAAAAGACUACUUUUCAUUUACAUUGACUUUUCACUUACCAAGCAUUUAUGUCUUUGAUCCUUAAAGGAACAGGAAGAUAGGUGGUAUUAUUAUUGCUGUUACUGUUACUUCCAUGCAACUAAUGAGGAAAUUGACACUGAUAGCUAGUUGAUACAGAUGAAACAGAAACCCAGCAUGCCCGACUCUAAGAUGAGGUAUAUGGGAAGAAAUAGGCUUUACUGUAAAAAUCCACCUUCAUAUUAAAGUUCAGAUCCCAGAGGUAAAGUAAGCAACCUCAUGUAUUUUGCCCGGUAAUGUGGAAGCCUCAUACCUCCAGGUGAUUGUCCUAAGACGUGUGUCCUAGAAGACGUGCCAUUUACUGUUCCCAUUUAGCCCUGUCCCUGUCGGAAGGUCAGCCUGCAGCACAGGAGGGACGGGGCAGCAUCUCUCCCUUCUGCACUUAGCCCUCUGGCUAAGGGCUCCAGCCUUGCAUUGGGAAUGAGGACCAGGAAGGACACAGCAAGCAGGUUCCUUUUCUCACGUCCCUAAGGUCUGAAGAGGGUGGACAUUAAGACUGGGAAGCCCGAGGUUCGGUGGACCCUUCCUGACCUCAAGCCAUGCGCACCCCUCCCUGAAAACUGGAUCAUCUCGGCUCCCUUUUCCUGGAGGAGGGGCCCGUCAGUCAGCAUACAGCGACAGAGUGUGGCGUGUGGGCGCAGCGCUGUGCUAGAAUCUUGGGGGUGAGAUCAAGUUUCAAGCAGAUCAUAUCAUUUCAAAGUGCCUACACAGACUCACAAAACCCCCGUCAGAUAGGCGGGUUAGGUGUGACUCCCAGUUUGGAGAUGAGGAAACAGAGAGGAUGUGAUUUGCCCAAGGUCGCACUAGUGGCAGAAGUGGAGGCCUGUGGAUGACGUCUGUUGCUCCUUCUGCUUCCCCUCGGCGCCCCAGGCUCCAGGAGUUUACUCUCUGCUGUGGGGCAGGUUAUACCCAGACGCAUCCAUCUACCCACUCGCAAAGAACUUUUAAAGCACCUAUCAACUGCCAGGCACUCGGUCUAGCCCCAGGGAUACAAUGUUAAGUGAAAACAGGCAUAUUUCCUGCCUUCAUGGAGUUUGCAGUGAAGAAUUCCAACGUUAAUCAAAAACAUUCUGCAAAAGUAGAACUGCGGUUGGAACGUAUGCUAUGAGACGGAUAUAGUACUGCAUGAGCCUGCAGUGGGGGGUGAUCUAGUCAGGGAGGGCAUCCCUGAGGUGGUGACGCUGGAGCUGAGAUCAGCUAAGCAAACCAGGGAGAAGGUAGUGCUCCCCACAGAGCUGUCAUACCAGGGCUCUGCGCGGGGAGGGGGCCUGGGAGCUGAAAUUGCUCAGACAGAAAGAAGGCUGGAGGGGAGAGAAUAGGAGUAUGGUGUGGAUGUGGCUGGAGAGAAGGCAGGACCAUCAGAGCUUUGCUGUAUUAAAGAGCUCUGCCUUCAUCUCAAGAGUCGUGGGGAGACAUGCUGGGUGCUGGGCAGUCAGCAGCUGGUGGGGGCAGGGAUGCCCAGUGAGCAGUACAGAUGGGGAGUGGUUUAGGAUGACACAUGGGAUUGUGAUCCCGUGAAACUAUUUCUUCAAAAUCCUACCUCCUUUUCUAUUAGCAUACUGGAUCACUUCAAAUAUCAUAUAUAAUAUUUGUAACAGAAGCUUUUUUCAUCAAAUAUAAGAAACCCUAUUUUCAUCAAAGUAAGAUUCAUCAUCUUAUGACCCCCAAAGAAAGAAAGAAAAAGCCCAAGAUGGGAAGUCCAGUAGGAGACCCCGCACAAAGCUGGGACACCCUCACUGAAAGGGUAGGUGGGAAAUAAAGCCACCAGGCAGGAAGGGAGGACAAGGGAACGUGUGUGUCUCAACCUUGACACUGGGUAGAGGGAUGAAAAAACCCUCCCCUGAGAAUAGGGGCCCCAGGUCAGGGGUACUCAUGCAGAUUUGCUUUCCACAUUUGUACAAUCAGUGGGAUCCAAAGAACCUCAAAACAAACAAAUAAAUGAAACAAAACAACAACAAAAAACCCCAAAAGAACCUCAAGCAGAGAAUCUAAUGUCAAACAGUCUGAGGCUGGGUGGCCCUAAUGGCUGGCAGAAGAACUGUGGUCAUCUCUCGGAAUACCUGCCUUCACUUCAGACCCACAGUAAAGAUAUGAUGCCGUUGAUUGGGAAAUAAGUCCUAAUUUCAGAGAUCCAAAAAUGUGCAUCUUGGAAUCAAUGGAAGAUGGCAAAGCCCUGUUCCCUGUGCCCUGCCUGCCAGAACUGGUACAAAAGACCCAUCUACGAUCUCUCCAAGAACUUUCCUCCCCUGUCACAGAAUGUGAUGUACUCACUUGGCAUAAGGCUUUGCAAAGAUUAAAGGUCCCUUUGGCCAAGUCAACAAGUUUCCUAAGGAAAGGAAGCCCCCGAUAGAGCAACUCGGGGCAAACUUUCUUGUAAAGGUCGAAAUAAAAUGCAAUGAAGAAGUAAGAUGUGGAUGAUGAUUUGAAUUAGGGAGACUGGGAAAGGGAGAGAACGUGGUUAUUUUAGAAUCCUGGCAUCAGCUACACACUGUCCAUACUGAGGGGUACUCAGAGGUGAGCCACCCGACACCCUUCUUUUACAGCAUCUUACAGGAUAAGAUUUGUCUAGAGUCCCCCAGCUGUCAGCCCCAGAGCAGGGGUCAGGACUGUAAGUGGUUUUCCUCACAGUUGUGGACUCAUCCUCUCUGUGUUUAUGUCCAGUUGUGGGUAACAACUUGUCAUUUUUAGAUGUUUUGUGAACGCUGUUUUAUGUACUGAGUUUCCAAAGACAAAGCAAAGUGAACUGAAAAAUGCCUCCCAAGUCUUUCAGGGAAAUCAGAGGAGAUUGUGACCUUCCUCUGUCACUCGGCUGGUCCAACUCCCAUCACCCAUUGGCAGCAGAACCUGAUGCCAAGGGGAGCCCAAGGAGCCUGUGGAAUGCCCAGCCAGAGGACCUGCUUGAUUCCUCCCCACACCCCACAGCUGGCAUUUUAACAGUGACAUCAAGGACAGGGCAGGGAAGGGCCGAUGGUAGCGGGAUGGGGUGUUGUUUCAUUGGUACCUAGACGGACAACAGCCUGGGGGGACGCCCCUCUAAGCCAGAUCGUUUCACGUGAAUGAAAGGUGAGCCUCUGUGCUCUGUGCAAAUGCUGUCCUGGGGAGGGCAGGGUGAGUGUGUGACAUCUUCCUGAAUAGCGAUUCCCACGGAGUCUGGAGAGUCUAUGCCUGGGGAAGGCAGCAGCCUCUCCCUGCUCUGAGGCAGAGACACGCGGCACAUGAUGACCCAGCAUUGCAUGGAGAGGGUGGAGGUGGCGAGAUAAUGUGGUAACCAGUGAUUCUGCAGAUGCAGGGUGCUGGCAGUGAAGAGAUGCAGCAGAAUGAUAAAAUGGUAGGAGAAGCCAGAGUCACCUCCGUGAACCCCUCUCCGUGCCACCCACCCACCUCUCCAGGUGAUCAUGAAGGUGGUGGCUUCCCACCUCACUCCAGGCAGCACGCCCGUGGACAACCAGCAAGCCCUGGUGCGCAGGGAGUCCCUGGUCAACCUGGAGAACUUCAAGAAGCAGUAUGUUCG